AUGUCCAUUGAAUCAGAUAUCGAAAAAGGUCACGAAAUUGAACAAGUCGAAGAUGCAUCUCACAUCACUUCCAAACAUUAUGCCUAUCUUAUGGAGAGACACGGCUCGGUUCAGUUAGAUCCAUUGCCCUCUUCUGACCCUAAAGAUCCACUUAACUGGCCCACUUGGAAAAAGAAUUACGAGAUAAUGCUUAUUGCCGUUGGAGCUUUCUCAUCGACCUUUAUGGCUGCAGGAUUGACUCCUGCGUUUGAAACCAUGGCUGAGGAAUACGGAGUUGAUCUCCCAACUGCGGCGUACUUUACCUCUGCUCAAAUUGCUGUUUUCGGCGUGUUGCCAUUGUUUUGGGUCCCUUUGAUGAACACUUUUGGCAGAAAGUUCUUUCUUACAUUUGGUGCCUUGGCUUGUUGUGUUUUGAAUGUUGGCGGUGGGUUUGCAACUACGUAUGGUCAACAAAUGGCCACCAGAGUUCUUGUUGGUGUUUUUGUGUCCACUGUUACUGCUGCCGGUUCAUCAGUUGUUGGCGACUUGGCAUUCUCCCAUGAACGAGGCGAGAAAAAUGGUUGGUGGUCGUUGGGCUUUGUUAUUGGUACUCCGGGUGGUCCGUUCAUUACUGGGUUCAUUCAACAACAUGCUGGAACCAAGUGGAUUUUCUUUACGUUUGCCAUCAUGAACUUUGUCCAGUUUGUUUUGUGGAUCUUUGCAUCAGAGACUGUUUACACCAGAGCUGUUCCAGAUGUCGUUUCCAAUGGUGUGCUCAAAGCCAUGGGCAUUAGGAGAUCCAUUGCGAGACCCUUUUCCUGGAAAAUGUUCUUUGGACCAUUGAAACAAGCAGCCAACUUCAAUAUCUCCAUUGCCGUCAUUGCUGCUUCAGUCACUUUCUGUUAUGCAAACAUUGUGUUGGUUGUCGAAAUGCCACAAGUCAUGGUCCCACUAUUCCACCUUAAUGCUCAGCAAAUGUCGUUACAGUACAUCUCCAUUAUUAUUGGCUCCAUCAUUGGCGAGAUUCUUGCUGGUCCGCUCUCUGAUUGGUGGAUGAAGAAAAGUACUGCCAAGAGGAAUGGUCAAAGAGUCAUUGUUGACAGGUUAUGGGUCUGCUACAACGGCUAUAUCUUGGUCAUUGUUGGCUUGAUUGUUUGGGGUAUCUACUUGUUCAAAGCCACUCCCGGCCAUUGGUCUAUUAAACCGUUGAUUGGAGCCGCUAUUGCUGCUGCUGGAAACAAUAUCGUGGCAACAGUCAUCACCACAUUUGCCAUCGAUAGUGCACCUCGAAAGGCAGGUGACGUCGGCUUAUACAUCAACUUUGUCAGAUCCAUUUACGGUUUCAUUGGGCCCUUCUACUUUCCGCAUAUGUUUGAAAACCUCAACUUUGCUGGGUCUGCUGGCUUGAUGUGUGGUCUUGUUGUGUUGUUUGCGUGGGCGCCAACUGCAUUUGCUCACAUUGUUGGUGUUAGACGUGUAAAAUAA